CCCUGUUAGCCAUUAGCCGUUAGCCCUGCAGCCGGACGACCGGAGGAGUAUCCGGGGAACCGGAGGAGAAAAACCCAGAGAAGAGGAGGGAAUGAGUCCGGCGGAGGACGGCAGAGGACCGCGGUGACAGGACAGCGAGUGUGCCGCCGAACAGAGACCGUUUCCCGGUGUGUUAGUUCGGCUGGAAGAAGUGGAAAAACAGCGAACCUCCUCCCGACUGUCCCACCGCUGCUCCUCCUCCUCCUCCUCCUCAGUCUGCUGCCUUCAUCUUUUCUUUACUCACCGGAGAAACGAGCAGAAAAACACCGACACAUUAACGGAGACAACCAUGAAAUCAUUCCCUGCUCGCCCUCGCCGUUAGACAGAGAGAGAGUGUGUGCGUGUGUUUGUGUGUGUGAUCCAGGAUGGGGUUCGGUCGGGAUCUGAGGAAUUCCCAUGAGGGAUUAUUGAAGCUGCAGGACUGGGAGUUAAAGCUGCUGGAGACGGUGAAGCGUUUCAUGACUCUACGAGUGAAGAGCGAUAAAGAAUACGCUGCUCUGCUGCUCAGCAUGACUCAGCAAACUGAGAAACAGGAAGCUGCUGAUUACGUCAGCACUGUGAGCAAGUCGUGGUCUCAGGUGGUCCGUCAGACGGAGGCAUUGGGUCGCAUCAUGAGGAGUCACGCUGAUGAUCUGAACUCGGGUCCUCUGCACCGCCUGGCCACACUGAUCAGAGACAAGCAGCAGGUGAAGAAGAGCUACCAGAGUCUUCAUCAGCAGCUGGAGAGCCACAACUACAAGGUAACCAGGAGUGACCUGGACAAGCUGAAGGCGACGUAUCGUCAGCUGAGCCGUGACGCCAACAACGCCAAAGAGAAGUACCGAGAGGCACUGGCUAAAGGCCGGGAGGCGGAGCGUGCCCGGGAGCGAUACGACAAAGCCACGGCUAAGCUCCACAACCUUCACAACCAGUAUGUGUUGGCAGUGUGCGGUGCUCGCACACAGCAGGACGAACACCGCCGCCAUGCCGCACCUGCACUGCUCGAUGCUCUGCAGAGGAUGCAGGAGGACAUGACGCUCGCACUUAAGAGUAUCCUGGAGGAGUACUGUGAGAUCAGCAGUCUUCUGACGGAGGAGAUUGUGAAGGUUCAUCAGGAGAUUUCGGCGGCGGUGGAACAGAUCGACCCGUUGGCAGAGUACCAACACUUCAUCGACGCCUACAGGUCUCCAGAGACUCCAGAGGCGAGCGUGGAGUUCGAUGCGUCUCUGUUGGAUGAAACGGACAACCUGCCAGCCAAUGAGAUCCUGUGGAACACGCUGACGGCAGACAGCCUGCAGGCCAUGUUGUCGUCGGCAACGGAGGAGCUGUCCCUGACUCAGCAGAAUCUACGGACGAAGGAGGCGCUGGCCGACGACCUCGACACCAAAAUCCAGACGAGUCAGCAGAGCGCUGAGAGGAAGAGCGACUGUGUCCUGCUGCUCAGUCAGAAACUGUCUCUCCUGGAGCUUCAUCACGCCGUCCAAUCACUCCGCGGCUCCGAGGCCCGCCUCGCCUCCCAGAAGGCCCUGCUGGAUGCCAAGAUGGCUGCCGCCGCCGCCUCCCCGCCCCCACCGCCGCCUCCCCCUGCACUGCCUUAUGAGGACGACGCCCGCUCGGUGGGAUCCACGGACAAAUCCAAGGAGAGAAGUUCUCGCUUCGACACACUGCGUCACUCUCUGGCUGGAAUGAUCCGCUCCCCCAAAACCAUGCUGGGCUCCUCCACCUCGCAGUUCUUUGAUGUCAUCCCGACAUCAGAGCGCCCUCUGGCGGAGCAGGAGUGGUAUCACGGCGCCAUCCCCCGCACAGAGGCUCAGGAGUUACUACGGCAACAGGGAGACUUCCUGGUCAGGGAGAGCCACGGCAAACCAGGCGAAUACGUCCUGUCAGUGUUUUCUGACGAGCAGAGACGACACUUCAUCAUCCAGUACGCUGACAGUCAGUACCGUUUUGAGGGGACGGGAUUCGCCACCAUCCCUCAGCUCAUCGAGCAUCAUUUCUCCACCAAACAGGUCAUCACCAAGAAGUCUGGAGUCGUGUUGCUCAACCCAGUCGUCAAGGAUAAGAAAUGGAUCCUGAACCAUGAGGAUGUGGUGCUGGGAGACCUGCUGGGAAAGGGUAACUUUGGUGAGGUAUUUAAAGGGACGCUGCAGCGAGACAAAACGCCGGUUGCCGUCAAAACAUGCAAAGAAGAUUUACCUCCAGAGCUGAAGAUCAGGUUCCUCUCUGAGGCCAGGAUCCUGAAGCAGUACGAUCACCCAAACAUCGUGAAGCUGAUUGGUGUUUGUACCCAGCGCCAGCCGAUCUACAUCGUCAUGGAGCUGGUUCCUGGUGGAGACUUCCUGUCCUUCCUGAGGAAGAAGAAGGACGAGUUGAAGACAAAGCAGCUGGUCCGGUUCUCAGUGGACGCCGCCGCCGGCAUGGCGUACCUGGAGAGUAAGAACUGUAUCCACAGGGACCUGGCAGCGCGGAACUGUCUGGUUGGAGAGGGCAGCGUGUUGAAGAUCAGUGACUUUGGGAUGAGUCGUCAGGAGGAUGAUGGGAUUUAUUCUUCAUCUGGACUCAAACAGAUUCCCAUCAAAUGGACGGCGCCAGAGGCUCUCAACUACGGCCGUUACAGCUCUGACAGUGACGUGUGGAGUUAUGGGAUUCUGUUGUGGGAGACGUUCAGUCUGGGGGUGUGUCCUUAUCCUGGGAUGACCAAUCAGCAGGCCCGAGAGCAGGUGGAGAAAGGUUACAGGAUGGCAUGUCCUCAGCGUUGCCCUGAUGAUGUGUACAAAGUGAUGCAGCGCUGCUGGCAGUACAACCCUGAGGACCGCCCCAAGUUCUCAGAGUUGCAGAGAGACCUUGCUGCCAUCAAGAAAAAGUGAUGACAUCGUCACAUGACCUCAUCGCCAUCAAGAAGUGAUGACAUCAGUCACAUGACCUCAUCGCCAUCAAGAAGUGAUGACAUCAGUCACAUGACCUCACCGCCAUCAAGAAGUGAUGACAGCAUCAUCACAUGACCUCGUCGCCAUCAAGAAGUGAUGACAUCAUAACAUGACCUUGCCGCCUUCAAGAAAUGAUGACAUCAUCACAUGACCUAUUCACCAUCAAGAAGUGAUGACAUCAUAACAUGACCGUGCCGCCUUCAAGAAGUGAUGACACUAGAUACAGAGAAAGAAAGUUUCUGUACAGCAGAGCUCCACCAGCACACUUUUAGUUUGGGGUGGGCGUGGUCAAUGUGUGGGCGUGGCCAGCAGGUGGAGGCAAUGAACCUUUAGAAACACUACAAACAGAAAAGACACUUAGAAUUUAGCUGCUAAUGUUUGAGACGACUAAACAUUACUGACAUCAGCAUACGUGUAGCUAAUCAUGUUAGUAUCUGUAAACACGUUAACGUCUCACGUGGUUAUUCUGUCGUCAAACAGGAAGUGCAGUCUGGUGUUACGGAGCUAACAGCUUUGCAUGAGUUUAGCCAGAGAUGUUAGCAUGUUAAAACAUACUAAUAUGUUGAAACUUGAAUCAGAAGUUAUUAACGCUAAUGCUCGUUUACAACAAAACUUUAUUUAAACAAUCAAAAAUCAAAUGUUUGCUUUUUUUGUGAAAAACCUUCAGUUUCCUGUGUUUUAUUUCAAAAUAAGCUAAAAUUAUCCAGCGAGGUCAUCAGGUGAUGUCAGACACUAAACCACGCCCCCAGAAUACCACCUUUCACUACUGUAACCACGGCAACAGCGUGAACACUAAAAGCUUCUGAGGACCAAUCAGCUGUCGCCACUAAACAUUGUGACUUUUAUAAAUCUUUUAUUCUGAAAAUCCACCUUUCAGUGAACACACAGGCCACGCCCACUCCAACAUGUGUUUCCUCCGACCAACCCAUGAUUCAAAUUCUUUAUUUAAAACAUUUUAUUUUUUAACUGAUAUUUUUAUUAUUUUAAACCAAAGUUAAAAAAAAAAAUUAAAAAAGCAGCUCCAAAACACUUUUAAAAAAAACAAAAAACAUCGUCAGCACUUCCUUUUUUUUCUCCAGGUUGUCAUGGCAACUGAAAUAAUGACGGACCACCUUGUUAUAAGAAAAGAAGAUAAAGUUUAAUAUAAAUAUGUAUAAACUACAAAUAAGAAGACACGUAUCACUUCCUGGACUGCGUCAGGGCGGAGCCUAACUGUUAGUGAUGUCGAGCGCCGCCUACUGUUUGUGUAAAUAAAUUCUGUUUGUUUCUGACAGUUUUCAACACUAAUCAUUUGUUUGUUUUUUACAUUUGUUUAUCAAAAUACUAUCUUAGCAUUUAUUAUGAAAAUAAAACAAAUCAUAUGAACAUGC